AACUACAAUUCCCUGCACCAACAAGACAACUGCAUCGGAUCAACAUUUCCAAAAAACACAUCUUGAACUCAGGAGCGCAUAUCACUGUUAGCCUGAAGCCAGUGUGGUGGAAAAUAAUGAACUGUUAUCAGGAGUUGUUAAAAAAAAAAAAAUCAGGUUUGUGAAGCAUUGAUUUGGAUUAAUGUAUUUGGUUAAUGUGUGGAAACUUUUAUAAAUUGGUUUAAAGGAAAAAGCUUUGGACAUCAUCUGUCGUGAUGAAGAACAAAUCAAGCAUCGGCAAUGUGAUUUGAACCAAUGUGUGUCGUUUUUUCGGCACACGCCUCAAAGCUUCAGAUUAAAGGAAAUUAAAAUAUUUUCCUGAAAUUCAUCACCAACAACCAGGAUAUUUAACUAAGAGCAAAGUUAAACUGCUGAAAGAGGUAAAGCAGAAGCCUUCCUGAAGAAUCUCCAGAACACGCAGAAAUUGUUUGCUACAUUUAAAAGACAAAUGAAGCCAAGUCCCGACAUGGAGAAACAUCAGCACUCUGUCAAGAGUUUUACUAAACAGAGUGAUCUCAAAAAACACCAGCGCAUUCACACAGGAGAGAGACCACAUCACUGCUCAGACUGUGGGAAGAGUUUUACUAACCAGAGUAAUCUCAAAAGUCACCAGCGCAUUCACACAGGAGUAAAACCAUAUCACUGCUCAGACUGUGGGAAGAGCUUUAAUCGACUGGAGACUGUCAAACGGCAUCAGCGCAUUCACACAGGAGAGAAACCUUAUUACUGCUCAGACUGUGGGAGGAGUUUUAAUCAACAGAGUACUCUCAAAAUACACCAGCGCAUUCACACAGGAGAGAAACCUUAUUACUGCUCAGACUGUGGGAAGAGCUUUAAUCGACUGGAGACUGUCAAACGGCAUCAGCGCAUUCACACAGGAGAGAAACCGCAUCAAUGCUCGGACUGUGGGAAGAAUUUUACUGAACAGAGUGGUCUCAAAAUACACCAGCGCAUUCACACAGGAGAGAAACCGCAUCACUGCUCGGACUGUGGGAAGAGUUUUACUGAACAGAGUGCUCUCAAAAUACACCAGCGCAUUCACACAGGAGAGAAACCGUAUCACUGCUCAGACUGUGGGAAGAGUUUUACUACACAGAGUGAUCUCAAAAAACACCAGCGCAUUCACACAGGAGAGAAACCGUAUUACUGCUCAGACUGUGGGAGGAGUUUUAAUCAACAGAGUAAUCUCCAACGACACCAGCGCAUUCACACAGGAGAGAAACCGUAUUACUGCUCAGACUGUGGGUACAGUUUUACUCAACAGAGUCAUCUCAAAAUACACCAGCGCAUUCACACAGGAGAGAAACCUUAUUACUGCUCAGACUGUGGGAGGAGUUUUAAUCGACUGGAGACUGUCAAACGGCAUCAGCGCAUUCACACAGGAGAGAAACCGUAUCACUGCUCGGACUGUGGGAAGAGUUUUAUUGAACAGAGUGCUCUCAAAAUACACCAUCGCAUUCACACAGGAGAGAAACCGUAUUACUGCUCAGACUGUGGGAAGAGUUUUACUACACAGAGUGAUCUCAAAAAACACCAGCGCAUUCACACAGGAGAGAAACCGCAUCACUGCUCAGACUGUGGGAAGAGUUUUACUACACAGAGUGAUCUCAAAAAACACCAGCGCAUUCACACAGGAGAGAAAAAUGUCCCAAAUUUGUCCCAUGGCAAUUAAAAGCGCAAAUCAUAAAUUCCACCAGAAACAAAUAUGAACUGUAUUUAACAAUGGAUUUUACAGGUUCAGCAAAACUAUUCUUAUCCAGGGAUGAUGUGUAUAGAAUUCCAUGUUAUGUUUGUAUGUCUUGUAAGUUUGAAUAUUCCAGGACAUUCUUUGUGAGACAGAGCUCAGUUUUUAGGUUAGUUACUGUAGCGCAGUAAGGUUACAGGCUCAUUCACUCCCUCUGCUGGUGUUCUUGUUUGUCUAUGGUUCAGUCCAAUUAAAAAUCUGUUACUAUAGAGGGAUAUAGAGAGAUAUUUGGUUGUGUUGUAUUACUCAAGUUUUAUACUCUCUUAUCUUUUCCUUAUUGAAUAUUAAAUGUUGCUUAUGGUUUUUUUAAUCUCCAAAGUUACUAAGAAUAUCCAAAUAAUGUCGUGUCUUAAUUGUUUUUAUCCAGUACAAACUAUUAUCUUUGUAUUACUUCACCUCUAUAUUUACCCAUGUGUGUUUUAAUAAACGCCUUUUAUAUUGCA